GACCCGUCUGGCGUCAGACGAGGGCGGGGCGGGGCGCGCGAUCUUGGAUCUCCUUUUAGCAACAAGGAAGAAUAAGAAGAAAGCGAGGAUUGUUGGGGCUCGCGCGGUCGCUUCCAGGCGUAACAGUGUUUGGAGAUGGCACUGGUGAAAAGUGGAUGGCUGCUCCGGCAAAGUACUAUAUUAAGGCGUUGGAAGAAGAACUGGUUUGAUCUGUGGGCUCAUGGCCAUUUGUUAUUUUAUGACGACCAACAUCGGCAGGAUCUAGAGGAUCGAAUUCACAUGAAAGUUGACUGCAUCAACAUCAGAGUGGGAAAUGAAUGCCGAGGUUUCCAGCCUCCGGAGGGGAAGCCUAGGGAUUGCUUGCUGCAGAUCAUUUGCCGUGAUGGGAAAGUGCUCAACCUCUGUGCAGAAAGUGCUGAUGACUGCUUAGCUUGGAAAAUUGCUCUCCAGGAUGCCAGAACAAAUGGGGCCUAUAUUGGUUCGGAAGUGAUGUAUGACGACAAUACAAUUUCCUCGUCUCCUCCUCCGUACACGGCUUAUGCAACACCAUCACCUGAGGUUUAUGGCUACCCACAGUACAAUGGCGCAUAUCCACCUCCUGGGGCUCAGGUCUUCUUUACUUCUAAUGGACAGACGUAUGCAAUCCCCUAUCAAUAUCCAAACCAAGGUCCUUAUGGUCACCCUCCUGCGAAUCAUGUCAUCAUUCGAGAGCGCUACCGGGAUAAUGAUGGGGACCUGGCGCUUGGCAUGCUUGCUGGAGCAGCAACAGGAAUGGCCCUGGGCUCGUUGUUCUGGGUGUUCUAGGCUCCCUCUGGAGCCACAAAGCAAAGGGAGACCUGAAGUCUUCUGUGUGCAAUAAUAUGUAUUUGCAAAGUACUUCAGUUUAAUCUACAAUUUUUUUUCAAUAGGUUCUAGUAGUACUUUUUGCUGGUGACAGGCAGAUUGUAGUUAACAAAAAUUCCCAGCUGUCCCAAAGGUGCCCUUUAGUUGAAAAGUGGUUAGCAUAAUGGCUCGUGGUCAGAUGAGUUUGUGAUUCUAUGCAUUGAUAAGUAAGUAGCAGUAAUAUCAAUGAAGUGUUACUAAUGAUGGCUAAAUGGCCACAGUUGACUCAUUUUUACAGUCAAAUAUUAACCAUCUUGUUAAAAUUACUUCAGCUACUGCCUCAGAAUGCUAA